ACCAAAAAUGAAGGAAAAGAGAAUAAAAUAUAUCUUUUUGCUUUUGUAUCUUAUAGUUUUUGUAACAAGCAGUCCAGAGUCUCAAAAACCUUGCAAAGGAACUAGCCCAUUUGAUUGCUGCUCUGGAUAUUCUCUGGACAACAAAACCAAAACUUGUGUUAAGUGCCCGGAAGGGUUUAUUGGUCGACAUUGCGAAAUAAAGUGCCCUUUUCCAACUUUUGGACUUUUUUGCCAAAGUAAAUGUGUCUGUCAUAUCCAAAAUUGCAAUUUUGCCCAUGGGUGCAUCACAAAUGUAUUGAAUGAAAAGGAAAAAGUAGGAAACACAACCCUAAAAACUGAAACCAAUCCUUAUUUCCAUUAUAAUUUCAAAAAUGAGAAGAAGAACAGAAAAAUAUCAUUUACUACUAGAAAUCCAAAUAAAACAGACAUGCAGAACAUAAAAGAUGAUGACAGCACAAAGACCAAACAAAUUCGACAGGGAAUUAUUGUUCUUGUUGCUUUAGCAGGUUUUCUUUUGACAUUGUACAUUGUCAGCCUGUUCUGCAAACAACAGAAUAACAGCUACAGUAAAAUGGGGCACGUUUUCCUCAUUGAGGAGCAAGCGCUUUAAGCAAAUUUUAAGAAUUAAAGAUUAGAAAAUGUUUUAAUUUGAAGUAAAAGGAAUAUCUUGCGUAAUAAAUUAUUGAGGGAGGGAAAAAUUAUAUUUUGACAUAAAACAUGCUGCUAUAGUCCUUUUUUCUGUUUCUAUUUUG